AUGUCCCACUCCUACCCCUACCCUAACGACGACGACGACGACUACGUACGCCACCGGCCCGCGUCGCGUCACCGCCGUGACUACUCACCAGACUACUACUCCGGGGGCGGCGGCGGCGGUCCCGCCGCCCCAAGGGCCUACGCCUCGGGCGCGAUGCCAGCCCCUCCGCUGGCACCGUCUCCCCCGCCCCCGGGCCCCCAAGCCCGGCUGCGACACAACGACCUCAGACCGCUCUACCCCACCUCAACCAACGACCGCCUCGCCGUGCCGAACAGCAGCCGGCCGCGGCCGCGGUCGACCCCGCCCCUCAACAACAACGCCCUAGUGACGACGACCACCGCCACUACUACCAACAACAGGCCGCCCCACCGCGACCGCGACAGCAAGAGCCCGCUGUCGCGCGCCCGCCACGCGCUGCAGCACACCUUCACGCCGUCGGACUCGGGCCUCGGCGCGGGCGUGCUGGGCGCCAUCGUGGGCGGGCUGGCGGCGCGGGAGGCGAGCAGCGCGGCGGCGUCGUCGGGUGGACGGAAUCAUCGGAGCGGCGGCGGCAGCGGCAGCAGUCACGGCCACGGCCAGCGGGAGUCGGCGGCGCUGCUGUCGACGAUCGUCGGGGCGGCGGUUGGGGGACUGGGGGCAAAUGCGCUGGAGAAGAGGUUGGAGGCUGGGAGGGAGAGGACGAGGACCGAGCAGGAGAGGUGGGAGGCGGCCGCGGCGGAGGGGGAGUGGUGA